AUGUCAGAUCUUGAGUCUUUGCUAGAGUACAAUGAAAUUGUCAAGAAGUUGUUUGCUACUGAAGAAGAAGAAGGAUUUCAAUUCUAUAACAACUACGGUUUGAGAAAGUUUAGUGUGAGGAGAAGCUAUUGUGAGUGGGACAAUGGCCACAAUGAGAUGACUCUUCGGAAGUUCGUUUGCAGUCGUCAAGGUUUCCGUGAAGAGAAGCAACUGAAGAGGGCGAUUAAAAAGCGGAAGCCGCGGAAUAUUACCCGUGUUGGAUGUCUUGCUAAAUUUGUGAUUGCACGAGAUCAGACCACAGGGCAGUGGUAUGUGAAGGAUUUCAUCGAUGAACACAACCAUCCGAUGGCGCCAGCAGAGCUUACUUGUCUGCUACGUUCACAUAGAAGAAUUAGCGAUGAGCAGAAAGCUGAGAUUGCGGAGAUGGAGAGUUCUGGGAUCCGCAAACACAAGAUAAUAGAUAUUUUGGAAAUGCAGUAUGGUGGGUAUGAUAAGAUUGAGUGUACAACAAGGGACUUGUAUAAUUUCUGCCAUCUCGCUAUAGGCGGAGACAAUUGUUGCCGUGGCGCUCAAACAGUCAUCAGUUACCCAUGCUGCUGGUUACUAAUACUACUGGCAGGCGAGGGAGACACAGAUCCUGGACCGGCCUAA